AUGUCUACUGAGUACGACGUGGCGAAAUCGUUUGUGCUGGCCACUUUGAAAACCAUAGUGGUCACAACUACUCAUUAUGUCACCCAAUUCAAGGAUAACUACCCAAACGCCUGGUCUUGGCUCGUUUAUUUGCUGGUUCUAUAUGUCACAUAUAGACUUCUCGUUGGAGCAGUCAGGUUUGUCUACAGAACCAUUGUCAACAUUGUGAAAUUGGCCAUACUAAUUGUGGUGGUUGCUGUGGCCAUCAAUAUCUGGAUCACCAAACCUAAACCGGCCGACUGGAUCCCUCAAAUCCAGUACGCUCUAGUUCAAUUGUACCAUUUCUCCAAACUGUUGCUGGUGUAUGUAACCGGGGUUGUCCGCAGCUUGGACUGGAAGAGUUUGUCCCAAUCGGACUUCGACUCGUUUCUGGAGUCAUUGAGUGCCACUCGGUCCAGACUAGAGACACUUUGGCAACACUUGAGAUAG